AUGAAUGUCCGUUCCAUUGCCACCGCGGCAAGACUUGCCGACUUCGAAGCCGCGGUCGAGAAUGUCAAGUUCGAUGUCAUUGGAGUCUCGGAGACACGAAUGGCUGGCAAAGGAAGAAUAGACCUCUCAAGUGGGUACUCUUUAUAUCAUAGUGGUACUGAGGAACGAACCAAAAGAGGUGUAGGAUUUUAUGUACCGUCAUCGUUGAAUCAACACAGCGAUUGUUUCUUUCAUUCUGAACGAAUGAUUGAGCUUUGCAUAAAACUAGCCGAUAGGAGCACUCUCCGUAUAAUACAAGUUCACGCGCCCCAUUCAGAUUUUCAAGAUGUGGAAUACGAGGCGUUCUUAGACAAUCUUGCUCAUGUUCUCGAUGCCAGGAGAAGUAAGCACCAAGUGAUUCUGGGCGAUUUCAACGCAACUCCUGGUUUACGCCGUAAUGAAGAGCGAUACAUUGGUAACAAUUCCUCAGGAGCUCGAAAUCACCGUGGACAAAUGUUGGCCGACUUUUGUGAGGAAAGAAAGCUAUUUCUUGCUAACUCGUUCUUCAAAAAGAGACUUGACGAUCGGUGGACAUGGCGAAAUGAUGCCUUGGGACUGAAGAAAGAGAUUGAUUAUGUAUUGUUGAGAAGUAUGAAGGGCGUUGUCGAUGUAGGAGUGCUCACUAGUGUUAACACGGGGAGUGAUCACCGCAUGUUAAGAUGUAAAAUGCGUCUGAAUCCGAUCUCACAACCAGUAAGAAGACCAAGAGGAUUCCCCGUUAUCGACAGCGACUUAUUGUGUUCAACCGCUCAAUGUUUACUACAUGAAAAUAUGAUGACUGGCGAUACAAUCAAAGAUUAUGAUACCAUUACUCGCGUCAUAACAACAGCUACUCAGAUGUCCACAAGGUAUGAAUAUCUCCCACCACGUCUAUCACCAAGGACCCGGGAUCUCCUCCAGAGACGACGAGAGCUACGUCACGGAGAUAAUGGGAGGGGAAUCGUGGAGUAUGCUGAGAUUUGCAAGCUAGCCCGAAAAUCUAUCCAAGAAGAUUUGCGACAACGUCAUAUUCAAAUAUUUCGUCAAGCCAUCAAGUCCGGACGCCUUCGACGUGGGCGCAUGCAAGCUUUACACGCAAGAAGAUCCUUGACAAUCCUGAAAGAAACCACCUCCUCCCCUCCUAGCGACCCCUCCCCAUCAGAUGAACCUUUUCCUGAUCACGUGUCGCAGUCAGUGAAAGCAGUGAGAAAUUUUUAUAACGCACUGUACCACUCCUCCUUCGGCCCACCCACUCCACCAUCAGGCCAAAUAAAUCUGCAGGUCCACAAUAAUGAAGUGCAAAUGGCAAUGAAGAGAAGCAAAGCACGUUCAGCUGCUGGUUCCGAUGGCAUUCAAUCCCCUUCUCUUCGUGCUCUUUCACAAAUACUCGCCUUACCCAUAACACAUUUUUUCAACAACAUGAUAAGGACAAAGGUUGUGCCUGCAAGUUUUGCAUUCGCUCACACCAUUCUACUCUACAAAGCUGGGAGACUAAAUUACAGGCCGAUAUCGCUGCUGUCGACGCUGUAUAAGGUGCUGACAAGAAUAUCUACAGACCGUUUGACAGCCACAAUUGAGGAAAAGUCAAUUCUACCAUCGGAGCAGGCUGGUUUCCGCAAGCACUUUUCGACCAUAGAUCAUAUUCACACUAUUAAUAUGAUUACCGAGAAAUGUCACGAUUCGAAUUAUGAGCUAUGUGCCGUUCCAUUCUCGUUUUAA